GCAUCUGGCGGCCCGGGAGCGGAGCCUAUGAGCAGCUCGGUGGCGGGGCCGGACUGCUGCGGAGGCUUCGGCAAUGUUGACUUUAGGCAGGCAGACCUCUGCGUUAUGACCCGGCUGCUGGGCUACGUGGACCCCUCGGAUCCCUGCUUUGUGGCUGCCAUCCUCACCAUCACUUUCAACCCGCUCUUCUGGAAUGUGGUGGCGAGAUGGGAACAGAGAACCCGCAAGCUGAGCAAGGUCUUCCGAUCCCCCUACCUGGCCUGCUACUCCCUGGGUGCUGCCAUUUUGCUCCUGAACGUCCUGCGCUCACACUGCUUCACGCAGGCCAUGCUGAGCCAGCCCAAGAUGGAAAGCCUGGAUAACCCCACGGCCUACCGCGUAGGCCUUGCGCUCCUGGGAAUAGGCAGCACGUUUGUGCUUUCCAGCUUCUUUGCACUGGGCUUCACCGGGACCUUCCUAGCUUGGGAAGCUGGGCUCUCCUAUCUCAUCCAGCUGGUCGGCCGCCAGGCCAGGUGGGAUUUCUGCUGGCUGCAUUUGGGCCCCAAGCCAGGGCUGGUGCGGGUCUGGAUCGGUCGCCUGGGGCCCCGGGGUAGUGCGGGCUGCAGCGGGGAGCCUGCAGCUCUGAAGGAGCUUGUGUUCACAGGCGGACGAGACCUCCGGGAGCGGCGUGUGCAGGAGGCCUGUGCCAAGGCCCGGCCUGGGCCUGUUGGGCACCUGUGGCAGCACGCCAGCCCCACCGGCCUGCUGCUGACUGUGGUUGUGGCCCUCAUCUACAUGGUCGCCAUCCAGUACGAGGAGCCCUUCACCGAUCAGAUCUACCAGCAGAAAGCCUCCUCGUCCCGCAAGAGGAGCUGA